UGCAGUAGCUUAGAGAGAGAGUCCUGAGUCCUGGACCUCCUGGUUUCUAUUCACUUCGCUCUGCAAACGUUAAAAAGCGGGAGAGAGCGAAUCUGUGCAUGUUGCGUAGAAAAUCUUUAAAGCGCAAUCCGGCUUACGUUAGCACCACGACUUCCCACGCAGCUGCCACAAGAUUUUGUUCCCUCCCAGAAGUUUCACCCCCAAGUAGAUCCCCCUCACUCAUUCCUUCGCCGGGAUGCGUAGUUUUACUAUCCUUCACCGCCGCUUCUCUUCUUCUAUAAAUUAAAAUCCCAAACACCAACCGCAAGACACGCUGCCUUACUUCUCUCUUCUUUUGUCUUACGAUCGAGUUGUGUGACAACAACAAUGGCUACUAAGCUUCUUCUCCUAUCAUUUGUCAUCUGUCGUCUAAUCUCCACGGUUGGACUGACUGUGGACCCUAACGGGCUCCUCCGUCUUGGUUUAUACCGUCAGCUCAGCUUCGAUUACGCCGAUGUCGAAACCGCCUCCCUUGAUUUUGGUAGAAUGACCCAGGUCAAGCCGUUGGCCGUUUUACACCCGUCCUCGGCCGACGACAUCGCCGGCUUGAUUCGAACCGCUUACGAGUCACCUGAGGGAUUCACUGUCUCCGCCAGAGGACACGGGCAUUCGAUCAGCGGGCAGGCACAAGCUGCCAACGGCGUUGUGAUUGCGAUGAGCAGCUCCAUCUCCAAGCGAAACCGUCUCACUCGCCCUUCUCUCUCUCUGGGUCUGGGACACAAGUCCAGCUACGUUGACGUUUGGGGUGGAGAGCUGUGGAUAGAUGUGUUGAACUCGACGCUCGAGCAUGGGCUUGCACCAAGGUCGUGGACCGAUUACUUGUAUCUCUCCGUGGGUGGAACCCUUUCGAAUGCUGGCAUUAGUGGACAAGCCUUCCAUCACGGCCCUCAGAUUAGCAAUGUCUAUGAGCUCGACGUUGUCACAGGGAAGGGAGAGAUCUUAACAUGUUCGAAUGAACAAAAUUCACAACUGUUUCACGCUGUUCUUGGUGGGUUAGGACAAUUUGGCAUCAUAACAAGGGCUAGAAUCGCUCUAGAACCGGCUCCACAAAGGGUGAAGUGGAUUCGGGUACUAUACUCCAAAUUCUCCGCUUUCACCAAGGACCAGGAGUAUCUCAUCUCCCUGAAUGGACACCCUGCGAGCGAGCGCUUCGACUAUGUCGAAGGUUUUGUUAUCGUGGAUGAAGGGCUCAUCAACAAUUGGAGAUCCUCUUUCUUCUCCCCACGCAACCCCGUUAAGAUCAGCUCUCUUGGGGCUGCAGCUAAUGGUGGUGUCCUGUACUGCUUGGAGAUCACAAAGAACUACGAUGAAUCAUCCUCAGAUACCGUAGAUCAGGAAGUGGAGGCUCUGCUAAAGAAGCUGGAUUUUAUACCGACAUCGGUCUUCACAACCGAUAUUCCUUAUGUGGAUUUCUUGGACCGGGUCCACAAGGCCGAGUUGAAGCUCCGGGCCAAGGGUUUGUGGGAUGUUCCCCAUCCGUGGCUGAAUCUCUUUGUCCCCAAGUCAAGGAUUGCCGAUUUUGAUCAAGGUGUCUUCAAGGGCAUUUUGGGAAACAAGAAGACAAGUGGACCUAUUCUAAUCUACCCCAUGAACCGAAACAAAUGGAACCAGCGGAGCUCAGUGGUUACCCCAGACGAGGACACAUUUUACCUUGUAGCGCUGCUCCGAUCGGCACUGGAUUCUGGGGAAGAGACACAAACGUUGGAUUACUUGAGCAAUCAGAACCGUCAGAUACUCAGAUUCUGUAAGGAGACAGGGAUCAAGGUGAAGCAGUACCUACCCAAUCUCAGCACACAAGAGGAAUGGAAGGACCAUUUCGGAGAUAAGUGGGAUUUGAUUGUUAAGAGGAAAAUGGAGUUCGACCCCAAGCACAUUUUAGCCACGGGCCAACGUAUAUUCCAACCUGGCUUAACCUCCUCCACGUCUUCCUCUUAGUGACGGACUGACGGGUGUCUCGUGUCUGCACUCCGCACUAUACACUCUGGUCCAGCCCAGCAGCUAAACCGCAGAAUAUUUUUGUACAGGAAAAGGAAAAAGAAUAGGAAAUCAUUUUUUGUUCAGUUUUGUUAUUGUAAUUAUGGAUUAGUCAAUUACGGUGGUGAUGGUUGAGCAGUAGUUGUCAGAGGCCUGGCGCAUUAAAUAUCGAACGGCUGUGUGACGAUGAUUGGUGGGGGCCCAUCGUCAUUUCCUUCACAUGUUAUGAUGUUGCAGCGCCCGUGAUCCCAGACAAGUCGACCGUUGCCUUCGCAUCUUGUCUUUUCAGUUUUCACAGAUGAGCUGGUUGGACUCCCAUCCAUCCAUCUAUCCAUCCAUCCAUCCCCAUAUUUUUCUGAAUUACUGUUUUAUGUUUUCCUCUUCAUUUUUUCAUAUAAUUAGUUGUACUGUAUCAAUUUGUCGCUGUAAUUAAGGUUUUAUUUUUUCACUUU